AUGUAUCUGCCACAAGAUUUUCACGACCGCUUAGUGGCAGAAGUGAAGCAGCAGAUUCUGUCGGAUUCCAUUGCUGUAUAUCUUCCCAGGCUUUGCUAUAUAAAUGCAAAUAAUCUCAACGUACCAAUUUUGACUGUCCAUUUUGAGGGUGCAGAUGUGUUGCUAAUGCCCAUACACACCUUUGAAGCUGAAAAUGGGAUUACCUGCUUUGAAGUGUAUCCUUCUAACAACAAUAUUGGUGAUGGAUUUGGGUUAUAUGGAAACUAUGCUCAAUCGAAUUUCUUGAUCGGAUAUGAUAUGGAAAAAAUGACGGUCUCUUUCAAGCCGACCGACUGCACCAAUUAA